AGAAGAAGAAGGACUCAGGCAAACUGUCGGCCACCCUUUUUGGGUCCUCAGCACACGAGUUUGUUUACAUCCACGUCACCAGGAAAGUCAUCCUCCUGUGUGAGAAAUGGAUCGACAGGACUCUCAAGAUUCACCCCUUUUUGGUGAGGAGGACGAGAACUACAGGCAACAAAAGUCUAAUAUUAGACAUCCUUUGACAUCCUUCUUCCACCUCUUCUUCCGGACAUGUGCCAUCUUGGUUUAUUUACUGUGUGAUUUUCUCAGUGGUCGAUUUAUUGUCUGCAUGGUCACCAUCAUCCUCCUGCUCUCAUGUGACUUCUGGACUGUAAAGAAUGUAUCUGGCAGAUUGCUGGUUGGCCUUCGGUGGUGGAAUCAAGUCGAUGAAGAUGGAAGAAGCCGAUGGGUGUUUGAAUCAAGGAAGGCCGGUAGUGUCAGCAAAACCACCGCUGCAGAGUCACGGAUCUUCUGGCUGGGACUGACUGUGUGCCCCAUCUUCUGGGUCAUCUUUCUAUUCAGCACCAUCUUCUCCUUUAACAUCAAAUGGCUGGUGGUAAUUCUCUGCUGUGACCUUGUACCUCAGGCGGUGGUAAUAAUGGGACUGGUUUUGCAAUGGGCCAAUUUGUAUGGUUAUGUCAGAUGCAAAGUGGGUGGAAAAUCCAGCCUUAGAAACAUGGCACAGACCUACCUCACUGGGCAGGUUUUCAAACAGGUAAUGAAGGAAACAGAGAAAACAUAAAACUGAACUGCAGACAUCCAGACUAAAAAGGUGGUGGUGCUCAUAACCCGGUGGAUCUAUUCUAUGUUCUGAGUUACUUCGUAGUGAUUUUAAGGAAAUUCACUGUCAUGAUGAUGGUAAAGUUUAUUUUUGUAAGUUCUCCUAGGCUUUAGGAUGUAUGAAUGUUGGGGGAAAAGUGCAUUAAUAUAUAAAAAAAUAUUUUUGUUACUUUAAAUAAACUCUAUUUUUCUGUUCAAAUGUUUGUUGCGAAUCAAAGCCUUUGUAUGAUUUAUAAUUGUAAUAAAAAUAAUAAUUUCAAAUA